AUGGAGAUUCGAAGCAGGGAUGACACUUUUGUUCACAACGUUCCCUAUUCGAAACCUUUCGACCUCUCUGUGUCUCAACAGGCCGUUGAUCUCCAACAUGUUAUUUACAAUAUAACCACGGUUCUGGAGACAUCUUUGGCGGCAUACGACUGUAUUUUGUCGGAGGACGAGAUAGAGUCUUUGGAACAGGGAAUAGUUAAUAUUGCGAGCAUUGAUGUCAGCCUUCGCUCAACCAGAGUGACCAUAUGCUCGGAGUCACUCCUUAAGGUUAUUGCCCGUGUGGUAACUUACUAUCCAUCCGCAAAACUCGGAGGCAAAGUACUGCAGCUCGACGAGCCGUACCCACUGAUAGCCCAUUACUUUGACGAUUUUGAAGCCUAUCGAGCGACCUAUCGUGAACCUGACGUUGACCCUCUAUGUCCCCUAGUAGCAAAGGACAGUCCCACCCAGCCUCCAUGUGACGAAGAGGAAUUUAAUCACUUGGGCUCGUUUCUUGACUUCUUCAAAACCUCUGGCUACAUGGCACAGGUUAACGAUGAAAAAGCUCGACAUACCCAGAAUCUGUGUACAUUUCGAAUGUUGUGGCUGCUCUUCAAGCCUGGUGAAACGGUGUAUAUGGUGUCGGAGGGUCAGAUGUCGGCCUAUGUGAUUCAAUCUGUGGAGGUGGACAGGAAAGUCCUCUCCUCUCGGGUUUUUACCAAGCCGUAUUCCGUCUAUCUAUGGAAUCUUCAAUAUGACGGGAGAUUUGUGGGAAGAAGUUCGGAAUUCGUCUAUGUUUCACCCUUCGAUGGUGAGAGACAAAUCACCUCGCUAAAGAUCUUUCCCUCCCAUUUCUAUGAUAGAACUGAUGGCGAGAAAACCCGGGAACACUUGAUACGCCAAGGUCAACAAUGGUAUGAAAGUCUUCAGGGGAGGCAGAUGAUUUACUCGGGCGAGUUUUUAGGCUCAUCGAAAAGACGGUUCCAGGGUCGCGUUUAUAUGGACCUGUCUUCAUAUUUCACUCAGGAAAACGCCGAAGUCCCCCAGACAUGUGAUGUCGCUGACAUGGGGGAAGACCUUGGCAACUGUGUCUGCGACACAUGUCUCGGCCUCAGACCCCACCCGCCUCCCGGCUUCCGCUGGGCGGACUAUGAUCUUUUAGACCCGAGUGUGACGGUGAAUCUCGAGCUUCCGGGGUCCCGGGAAGGUGCUCGUCAUCGGUAUUUGCUGUGUAGCCGAUUGCUCUAUGGCUUUGUUUUCAAAUCCAGAAAAUGGGCAGAGAAACUUAAUAUUUCUUGUUGCCACGAGCCAGAAGUGAACAAGAGGGCUAUUGAUAGCCUUGUCAUGCCCGAGGCUAGAAAGGAGAUGAUUAGGGCACUCGUACACAAAUAUACGGAGCCCAGUGGAGACAAUCGGACCAAGUUAUGGGGAGCUGAUUUUAUCGAAAGUAAAGGCGAAGGUCAGAUAUUUCUCCUUCAUGGCAGCCCUGGUGUCGGAAAGACUUUUGUAAAAUGUAUUGCUGAGUAUACCGGCCGAGCGCUUCUCUCCCUGACUUGUGGAGACAUCGGGACGGAUGAACUCGAAUUAGAGAAUCAGCUCUCCAAGUGGUUUCGGCUGGCCGAGAAAUGGGGCGCGAUCAUGCUCAUCGACGAGGCGGAUGUUUACCUCGAGAAAAGGCAAAUUACGGAUUUGAAGCGCAAUAGCCUGGUGUCUGUGUUCCUUCGAUGCAUUGAGUACUACCGAGGCAUCUUGUUCCUGACUACCAACCGGGUUGGUCAUUUCGACGAUGCCUUUAUCUCACGAAUCCAUGUCGUCAUUCGCUACGAGAAAUUGAAAGAAGAUGAUCGAAGAAAAAUCUGGGAGCAAUUUUUUGACAAGCUGACCGACGAGCGCCAGGACUUCAUCAUCACUCGACGCGCAAAACAAUAUGUUCUGGAAGAUGAAGUGAUUAGCAAGAUAGAAUGGAACGGGCGGGAGAUUCGCAAUGUCUUCCAGACAGCCGUCACGCUCGCCGAAUUCCGAUUCUCUCAAAAGCCGGACAAGACCAAAGGCGAUGGGCCCACGCUGGACCAGAAAGACUUUGAGCAGGUCUGCAAUAUGACUCGGGAAUUCAAGCAGUAUCUGAUCGGUGUGCACGGAGUGGAUGAGGAAAGCCGUGCCUUCCAAGCGAGAGCGAGGGCUAACAAUAUUCGUGACAUUGGCCGUUAG